AGGAGGGCGGGCCCCGCGCAGCUCUCGACGCCGACGGGGCCCCGACUCGCCGGAAACGCCUCCGCACGGGACGGAACGGACAGCGCCCAAAGGCCGCGGGCACCGCUCAUUGGGUGGGAGCCAGGGGCGGGCCCCAGCCCGCGCGGUGGUUGGGCGCGGGCCCGGCAGGGGCGGCACCUGCUCGGUGCCUGGGCGCGGGGACCCGGCGCGCGCGGGGAUUGGACGCGCGCACGUGGCGGCGGCGGCGGCGCGCAGUCCGAGGGAGGCCGGUGCCAGCGGCAUGGGGCGGCGGCGGCGGCGCCGGGGGGACCCGGCGGACGCGGCCCGGGCCCUGCCCGAGGCCAUUGCCGCUUUGAGUCAGACGCUGCCUGCCGGGCCCGGCCCCGAGACCUUCCGCCGAGCCAAGUUCGAUCGUCCGGAGGCGGCCCCCGCGCUCUGGCGGCUGCUCUUCCGCGUGCUCUCUCCGCAGCCGGCCGACAGCGCCUCGGCCGCGCCGGCCCCGGAGGCCCAGGCCCGCUGGGUGAAGUCGGCGUUGCGCUCCCAGGGCUACCCCAGGCGGGCCCUGGCGCAGCUUCCGGACGACGGCUCCCAGGGCGCCCGCGAGCUGCUGCUGGCCCUGGCCUGGCUCCUGGCCCGCGGGCCCCUGCCAGAGCGUCUGCUGGCCCAGAACCGUGUGCGGCUGGGCGACGAGAUGCCCGUGUGCCAGUGUGAGGCUCUGGCCAGCCCUGGCCCGCCUGCCGCCCGUGUGGAAGCAGACAGCUGUGUGGACAUCCGCCACCUGCAGUGGCUGAUGGGAAAGCUGCGGUUCCGGUGGCGAAACCUGAUGGCCAGUCAGCAGGAGCAGUGUGUCCUCCUGAGCAAGAUCCACUCAUAUACCCGUGGCUGCCACAGCGACCGCAGCCUUGGCCACCUGUCUGUCACAGAAACGGAGCUUCUCAGAGACCCAGAGGGAGGCCGGCAGCUGCUGCAGAGGCUGCAGAGGGAGAAUGCACGGCUGGAGGCGGCCCUGGAGUGGCGGCGCCGCGAGCUGGUCUUCUGGCAGUGGAUGGACACGGUCCUGGGUGCCUGCCCCCCGGAGGCCUCCCAGCCCACAUUUCUGCCCAAGAUCCCUGGGCCGGGGGCUGGAGACUUAGAGCCGCUGGCGCGGGAGCUGCUGGCCCUGCAGGAGGAGCUGCGGGAGGCGACGGAGGCCCGGCGGGCAGCCUGGGAGGCUGGGGUGGGAGGCCGAGGGCCGGAGUGGAGUGCCUCGAGGAGGGCCUUGCAGGAGGCUGUGGGACAGGAGCUGGCGGCUCUGCAGCGGGCCUGGGAGCAAGGUGGUGGCCUGGGCCAGCCCCAUGGGCCCGGCCGGCUGGUGAGGACGGAGCCCGGGGUGCCCGGGGGUCUGGGCCUGCGGGCCACUGAGGUGAUUGGGGCGCUGAGGAGCCAGGAGGCCCACCUGGAGGUGGUGCUGCGCCGGCUGCAGGGCCGGUGUCGGCAGGAGCUGGCCAAGCUGGCCGGAGCCCUGCCCGGCCUCAUCUGGGUCCCGCCGCCUGGACCCUGAGGG